AUGGAGCCCACAACGACGCCGUCGAUUUCUUCUUUAAAACCAAAGGGUUUCAGCCAAUGUUCACUCAGGUUGAGUAAACUGAGAUCAUCAAUAGCAGACCUAGAAAGGCUUAACAAAGAGAGAACAGGCACAAAUUUGUUCAUACCAUCCACACACCACAGAAAAGAAGAGAAGAUGCUGAAGGGUCAACUUUUUGUGGAUCAAUAUUGUGAAAGGGAGCAAUUCAGCUUUAUUGAUUAUGUAUCCAGUGGAUUUGAACUGAACUUCAUGGUUGCUGUGGAUUUCACUGCUUCAAAUGGAAAUCCUCGAUAUUCAGAUUCUUUGCAUUAUAUUGAUGUCUCGGGUCAGUUAAAUUCAUAUCAAAGGGCUAUAAUGGAGGUUGGGGAGGUUAUUCAGUUCUAUGACUCUGAUAGGAAGUUUCCUGCUUGGGGCUUUGGAGGAAGCACAGCUGGUGCCGUUUCCCACUGUUUUAAUCUGAAUGGUAGUCCGAGAGACUCUGAGGUUGUAGGAGUUGAAGGCAUAAUGGAUGCAUAUGCAACUGCUCUGCACAAUGUCACACUCUCAGGACCCACUUUAUUUGGUCCAGUUAUCAACACUGCUGCAGAAAUGGCUGCCAAGUCCCUUGCAUCACAUAAUGGAUCCAAGUAUUACGUAUUACUUAUCAUAACGGAUGGAGUUGUUACGGAUCUUCAAGAAACAAUAAAUGCUCUUGUGAAAGCAUCUGAUCUUCCCCUAUCAGUUCUUAUAGUUGGAGUUGGAGGUGCUGAUUUCACCAACAUGGAGGUGUUGGAUGCUGAUGAUGGCCGUCGGUUAGAGGGUUCUAGUGGUCGUAUCGCUACACGAGAUAUCGUUCAGUUUGUCCCUAUGAGAGAAGUACAAAGGGGAAGUAUCUCAGUGGUGCAAGCUCUUUUGGAAGAACUGCCUGGUCAAUUUCUGAGUUUCAUGCGAAGUAGAGACAUUAAGCCACUUACUUCCCAACAAGUUCCUCACUAGUUGAUGAAUAUAGACACCCCCAACGAAGUAGCUAUUGUACCUCUCAUUCAAACUGUAAAUACAACUUGAAUAUUUUGGUUAUAAUUUUUUAUUCGUUGUAAAGGAUUUAUGGUUUUCCCCUUUGAGGUCUAUUAUUCCAAAUUUACCAUGGAAUAUAGAUCUAUUUCUUUUUUU